CUACAGGUUAUUAUUAUGGAUUCUUCGCGGUCGAGCUGGUGGCGCUGAUUAACUAACUAGUUAAGCCAAACCCAAUCCCGGAAUGCGCCUCUAUCUGAAUUUCCGCCACAGCGGCCCUGCAACUUCCGAUCCAUGGCUGGCGGCCAACCGGAACCAGGCUGGAGUCUUUCGAGAAGCAUCGUUGUUGGGCGUUUGUUUCGAGAAAGCCGCCCGCCACUGUUGCACAGGGGCGAUCUCAUUCGGCUUGACAUGAGGCAAUCCAGUUGGCGAAUUCUGAAUACGUACAUAGUAUCGUCUCACUGCAGUUCGGUGAUAUUCGAGUUAUCAAGUUAUCAAUGUUGUACUUUCACGACGGAAAGAGUUUCAUUCCUAUCGAAUAGUUGCACUGCGUACACUGUAUAUAUAACCCAGACGGGUGGAACCUAUGGGUAGCAUUGAACAUCUAGGAUAAUGCGCCGUCUAUCUUCUCUUCUCAUCGUAUCGGCCUGGUUAUAUUUACCCUUGUAUAUAUAUCUACUGCCCAGUUUACCGGCGGAAUUAAACCUACCAAGCGUCAUGUUGGGCUGCAUAAUCCGUUUGUUUACCUGCCUUGUAUGGCCAUGUCUACAUCCAGCAAUGUCAACAACAAGGGCAUGUAUAUCGUCGAGGGGUUCCCAAUCAUGCACCACGACUGAUUGAAUCGUAGGCAAGGACAGCGUCCCAAAUGCAGUACCCGCAGACGCAGGAGAAGAUGGUCCGGAACACAAUCAAAUCGCAUCUCCCCUGCCGCCCUUGGUAGACACCACGGAGAGGAAACUGCUGUUCAAGAUUGACUGCAGACUGGUGCCAUGUCUUUCACUUCUGGCGUUGAUAUGUUACCUGGAUCGAUGAGAGAGGAAAUUUCCCCGAAUCGUGCUAUUUCGCCCUGUCAGCUAACUGCAACCAGGACCAACCUGGGCAAUGCAUUGGUCUAUGGACUGCGACAGGACCUGGAUAUUUCCAGCGUGCAGUAUUCGACCGCGUUGACCAUGUUCUUUGUCGCAUAUAUCUUGUUCGACAUCCCAUCUAACCUUCUGUUGAAGAAGUUGACACCUCGGAUAUUUCUAUCUGUAGCGACGUUAAUGUUUGGUUUGACGACUCUCUCCACGGCGUUUGUCCGGAACUAUGCUGGGUUGUUAAGCUUGCGCCUGCUUCUCGGUAUUGCAGAAUCCGGUAUACUUCCCGGGUGUGCUUAUCUCGUGAGUUCCUGGUACACGCGGAAAGAAGGUCUCAAGCGAUUUUCUUUCUACUUGAGUGCGAUCAGUCUCUCCAGUGUAUUCGGCGGGCUUCUCGCGGCCGCGAUUGGCAAGCUUGACGGGGCGUGCGGCCUGAGUGGAUGGCGAUGGCUCUUCGUCAUCGAGGGAUCGACAACUUGUAUCCUUGGCAUUGUCUUCUUUUUUGCCAUGACGAACUUCCCCGAGGACGCGAAAUGGCUUACGGACGAGGAACGGAAAUUCAUCACAGCUCGAUUGGAAGCAGAGCAGGGGAGUUCGGACAUUGAAUUCACCGUCCGACCGCGUGAUAUCUGGAACACAUUGAAAGACCCUAUGGUAGUGAUGAUGGGAUUGAUACAUCUCUCCGUCUCAGUGCCUGGGAACAUGGCGGCUUACUUCGCACCGACGAUUGUUGAGAGCCUUGGCUCCUACUCGCCCAUCCAGACACAACUGCAUACGGCCCCUGUCUGGCUAGUUGCCUCUGCCCUAUCUCUUGCGAUUGCUUAUGUCUCGGACAGGAUACAGCACCGGUAUGUCAUGGCCAUGGUCUGCUCAUGCAUAGUCAUAACAGGGUUCUCCAUUCUGUUGGCUGAAGAGGAUGACGUUCGUGCGCAGUAUGGAGCGUUAUUCCUGGCCGUUGCCGGAGUCGCAAGUUUCUGGCCUGGUAUGCAACCCUCAUCACGUACACUAUGCAUUCUUUCUCGGAUGGAAUCCUAACAGCGUGCCUGACAUUUGCAGUGGAGAUAUGCUGGUGUGCAAUGAACCUGGGAGGCCAUCGGCGGCGCGCGAUUGGCAGCGCAACGCAGGUUGGGGUUGGCAAUAUAGGAGGCAUCAUCAGUGCCUAUACCUUUCGAACCGAGCAUGUGUCUGGAUUUCGUCUUGCAUACGCCAUUGGCAUCGGAUUUUGCUGUCUUGCUGCGCUUUUAUGUACAAUGUAUGCUGCCUGUUGCUGGCGGCAGAACCGUAAGCGGGCCGCGCAGGGUUGGGGGAUGGACCUCUCGGACAGGGAAAAAGCUGGCCUGGGAGAUCUGAGUCCGAGCUAUAGAUUCAUGAUCUAACCACUGUGUGGGGGGAAAGUGGUUUGGUGUAUACGUGGAUGUCGACGGCUUGACGCAGUAACCCAGCGAUGGGCGGCAGUACACUUUCCCGGAUUGAAGUUCAGCCAACAUAGGGGAAUGAUUCUUUUAAUUUUACCCAUCUCCAGAUAAUAGAAUAAACGGGUAAAUGUAUAAAUGUCGCUCGUCGUGCAAGGCCAUUUUCCUUGACAAUCAAGUUCACGGUAGUAAAUCCAGAGAGAAUGGACCGAGCACCGCCAUUAUACAGACGAACACUGCAAUUCUGACAGGCAUCAGCAGGAAAAGC